GACUUCCUCUCCCGGCCCUGCUGUUUCCGACGUCGUCCGGAAGUCGGGUGCUGGUCCCGUUAGUACCUGGCCAUUUGGUCGCCUCACAUCACGCGGGUCCCUGCUCUUCCUCCUUAGGCGACCCCCGGGCAUCACCGCCGGCCCCCGACGAAGUGCACGUUGGGGAUCCCGUUGCCCUUGGCUCUCGUCUCCGGUUUGACUCCCGCCCUGCUUCCCUGCCGAGCUUACCUGCUCCGCACGGGGCCGUGUGCCGGCUGCCCAUGGCGGGGGCCGCUCCGACCACGGCCUUUGGGCAGGCGGUUAUCGGCCCGCCGGGCUCGGGGAAGACCACGUACUGCCUGGGCAUGAGUGAGUUCCUGCGCGCGCUGGGCCGGCGUGUGGCGGUGGUGAACCUGGACCCGGCCAAUGAGGGGCUGCCGUACGAGUGCGCCGUGGACGUGGGCGAGCUGGUGGGGCUGGGCGACGUGAUGGACGCGCUGCAGCUUGGGCCCAACGGCGGCCUGCUGUACUGCAUGGAGUACCUGGAGGCCAACCUGGACUGGUUGCGUGCCAAGCUCGACCCCCUCCGCGGCCACUACUUCCUCUUCGACUGCCCUGGCCAAGUGGAGCUUUGCACGCACCACGGAGCCCUGCGCAGCAUCUUCUCCCAGAUGGCGCAGUGGGACCUCAGGCUGACUGCUGUCCACCUGGUGGAUUCUCACUAUUGCACAGACCCUGCCAAGUUCAUCUCGGUACUGUGUACCUCCCUGGCCACCAUGCUGCAUGUGGAGCUGCCGCAUGUCAACCUCCUCUCCAAGAUGGACCUCAUUGAACACUAUGGGAAGCUGGCCUUCAACCUGGACUACUACACAGAGGUCCUGGACCUCUCCUACCUGCUUGACCACCUGGCUUCUGAUCCUUUCUUCCACCACUACCGUCAGCUCAAUGAGAAGCUGGUGCAGCUCAUCGAAGACUACAGCCUGGUCUCCUUCAUCCCUCUCAACAUCCAGGACAAAGAGAGUAUCCAGCGGGUCCUGAAGGCUGUGGAUAAAGCCAAUGGCUACUGCUUUGGGGUCCAGGAGCAGCGGAGCCUGGAGGCCGUGAUGUCUGCCGCGGUGGGAGCUGACUUCCACUUCUCCUCCACCCUGGGCCUGCAGGAGAAGUACCUGGCGCCCUCAGAGCAGUCAGUGGAGCAGGAGGCCAUGCAGCUAUAGCAACAAGCUGAGCUCUGGAGAACAAGACACACGACCCAGCGCUGGGGAGAGUGGCGGCUCCCAGUGAGCAGCGAACAGCUCAGUGGGCUGCAGAUCCAAGGGCAGCGCUUCCGGCCAGAGCUGGGAGACUGGCGAGGGGAUACUCAGCCUUGCAGAGGACUUCUGGCCAAAAGCCACACAUGUGGCCAAGCAGAGCACCAAUCACAGCCUCAUGAUCUCUGGGUGCUGCCACCAGGGAUUCAGCACUGGUCCCACUCGGGCUGUGAUGGAAUGUGCUACAAUACAAGAGUUUAUCUUCUACUUUUUGUGGCUUCCAAACUUUCUUCAACCAUCCAAGCCGAGUGAGUUGGGAAUAUGGGAAUGUCACCUUUCCUCAGAAGAGUCCUAUUUCUUCAUACUGUAGGGCAGUGUUUCCCCCAAAGCACGGGAUUGUACUAGAGGGUUGGCUCUCAGUCCUCAGUUAUGCUCUUUGGUUAAUCUUCAGUUUUAACAGUGAACCUCAAGCUUGAGGUCUCACAGACAACACUUCCUAGCAGAUCUUGUAAUGUUUUAUUUUCGUUGUAUUUAUGUCAGGGUUUUGUUUUUUGAGGCAAGUGUUAACUAGUUUUCCAUUUAUAGUAUUGAUUAAAAGUUGACUUUAAAAUGAAA